GUGUUUGAUCACCGCAUGGCUUCAGGCCAUCAGCCGUUCAUGAUAAAACUGCUCACAUCAGACUGGCAUCCAUCCAGACAGCAGACGAACGAGAGCGAAACACUUGAGGUGGUACUUCAGCUGCAGAAUCCGGUGGGAGUCAGUGCGCCUUCAGCCAUGCUUCCUGUUACGAAAGCCGCCUUCCUGUCUGCGGUGGUGCUGAUGUUCAUGUUGGACUCUGCAGCCGGGAAUCUGCAGAACAUGUGUAGUACACAGUACCCGGCCGUGCCGUGUCCAUACAAGAUCAACAACGAGGACUGGUUCCGGAUGGGUGACAGGUACUGCGUGAAGGCGUUCUACCACACGAAACAUCUGCCCUUCUAUGAGGCGGAGAAAGUCUGUAACGGCUACAAACACAGCAACCGCCAAGGUCACCUGGUAUCGAUCCACAACGAGAAGGAGCACAAUGAUCUGAUCUGUACCAUGUACCGAGUCCACACGGGAAAACCUCAUUACUGGAUCGGGAUGCACCGGGCACCAAUUGAUGACUAUGAUUUUGGUUUAGUUUGGAUUGAUGGCUCUAAAGGUGCUUACCUCAGGUGGGCUCCUCGCCAGCCAGACUUCUUCUUGUGGAGAGAGGGCUGCGUCGAGAUGAACUACUGGGACUGGGGACUCUUGAACGACGAGAUGUGCAGCCAACACCGGCCAUAUGUGUGUGCAGUGCAGAUCAAUUAGUUCAGAGUGAAGACACACAGUUUCACUACAAUAAACGUUCAGAAGCAGCAAA